ACGGAGCUUCAGACUCUAGGCUGAGUGGGUCGGGAGGAGCUGGAACCUCCUUUACCCAGAAAGAGUACCAGAAAGAAAAGGGGGAGGGACUCAAGCCACCGAAACCUCCUUGGCUUCUUUGGGGGAGCCAGCGACAGAAACUUACAGUUACAAGGAAGAGUCUUCCCACUCCUGUGUGUGGAUUAGAGGAAUUGGUCUGCAAGCAUGUGGUCGGUCCUCAGAGGCUGGAGGAGAGGAUGCGUGAGACUGCAUGGAGCAUGGGCUGUGCUGGAUCAGUCACGCUACCCCUGCGGCCGUGCUGUGGCCAGUGCCGCGGCCGGCGCAACCUCCGUGGACCAGGAUGAGUUCAGCUUUGUGGUGGUGGGUGCAGGCUCUGCUGGCUGUGUGCUCGCCAGUCGGCUCACUGAGGACCCAAGCCAUCGGGUGCUGCUGCUAGAGGCAGGUCCCAAGGACUUGUUGAUGGGGAGCAAGCGACUCCAGUGGAAGAUCCACAUGCCUGCUGCCCUUGUGGCCAACCUAUGCGAUGACAGGUACAACUGGUACUACCACACGGAAGCACAGCCGGGGCUGGAUGGCCGUGUAAUGUACUGGCCGCGAGGCAGGGUCUGGGGGGGAUCCUCAUCCCUCAACGCCAUGGUCUACAUCCGUGGACACGCUGAGGAUUAUAACCGCUGGCAUCGCGAAGGGGCUGAGGGUUGGGACUACGCACACUGCCUGCCCUACUUCCGCAAGGCACAGAGACAUGAGCUGGGAGCCAACAGGUACCGCGGUGGUGAUGGGCCACUGCACGUGUCUCGGGGCAAGACCAACCACCCUCUUCACCAGGCCUUCCUGCAGGCUGCACAUCAGGCUGGCUACCCCUUCACCGAAGACAUGAAUGGCUUCCAACAGGAGGGCUUCGGCUGGAUGGACAUGACCAUCCACCAAGGGAAGCGCUGGAGCACAGCCUGCGCCUACUUGCACCCAGCACUGAGCCGCCCCAACCUCAGGACUGAGGUCCAGACCCUUGUGAGCAGAGUGCUAUUUGAGGGCACACGCGCAGUGGGCGUGGAGUACUUCAAGAAUGGGCAGAGCCACAAGGCUUAUGCCAGCAAGGAGGUGAUCCUGAGUGGGGGCGCCAUCAACUCUCCACAGCUGCUCAUGCUCUCUGGCAUUGGAAAUGCAGACGACCUCAAGAAGCUGGGCAUCCCUGUGGUGUGCCACCUGCCUGGAGUUGGGCAGAACCUGCAAGACCACCUGGAGAUCUACAUUCAGCAGGCAUGCACACAGCCCAUCACUCUCCACUCGGCCCAGAAGCCUCUGCGGAGGGUCUGUAUCGGACUGGAGUGGCUCUGGAGGUUCACAGGGGAUGGAGCCACGGCCCAUCUUGAAACAGGAGGGUUCAUCCGCAGCCGGCCCGGGAUCCCCCACCCAGACAUUCAGUUUCACUUCCUGCCAUCCCAAGUGAUUGACCACGGGCGGAAACCCACCCACCAGGAUGCUUACCAGGUACACGUGGGAACCAUGAGGGGCACAAGUGUAGGCUGGCUCAAACUGAGGAGUGCCAACCCUCAGGACCACCCCGUGAUUCACCCCAACUACUUGUCAACAGAAACCGAUAUCCAGGACUUCCGUCAGUGUGUGAGAUUGACCAGAGAAAUUUUUGCACAAGAAGCCUUGGCUCCCUUCCGGGGCAAAGAGCUACAGCCUGGAAGCCAUGUCCAGUCAGACAAAGAGAUAGAUGCCUUUGUGCGGGCGAAAGCAGACAGCGCUUACCAUCCCUCCUGUACCUGUAAGAUGGGCCAGCCCUCUGACCCCACUGCUGUGGUCGACCUGCAAACGAGGGUCCUCGGGGUAGAAAACCUCAGAGUCGUUGAUGCUUCCAUCAUGCCCAGCGUGGUCAGUGGCAACCUGAACGCUCCCACAAUAAUGAUUGCAGAGAAAGCAGCUGACAUUAUUAAGGGGUAUCCUGCACUCUGGGACAAGGAUGUUCCUGUCUACCAGCCGCAGACUCUGGCCACCCAGCGUUAAGGCAGCCCACUGCCUGAGGAUGACAGAGGAAUUCAUAUCAAGCCAAGAGAUUCAACUCAUGCAGCCCUGCCCCAGAUAGUUCCUGAACCUGUAGACUCUUGGGACCCAGAUAUCCCUACUCAUGGCUAAGACCUUCAUGGUAUCUGAGGAAAUAAAGCCGUAGCAGUGGGUGAGGCAAGUCCCUUUUCCCAGUGUCUCUCUGAGGACCCUUGGAGAAAGGCUAGCAUGCAAGCUGGGGCCUCGUCCCGACCUCCUGGAGUUAAGUUAGGAAGGUUAACUCUUGCGUGAUUUUCUUGCAAGCCCUUCAGCCACCUCCAGCCCAGUGUUCUGUUGCCAGGAGUAGAAUGAUCCUUUCCCUGGCGACCCACUCAAGGCCACUUCUGCAAAGGCCGGGUUCUUGAGCUGAACUGGGGCUCUCCAAGGAAGCGUUAGCGGAGGCCGAGAGCCAGGAAAAAGCUUAGCCAGGGCUGGUACCUGAGCUCAUGUUCGCCAUUAGAGGAAAGGCAGCCGACAGUUGGAGGAUACUGGCUGUCCCUUCUCCUGCUCUGAUUCAAAUCCGAGGAGUGAGGUACAGGAAUGGGGGGCUCAACUGACUGCAUGACUCCCUUGCCUCAUGCUGGCUGUCCUUACAAGAAAAUGAAGACCGGACACAAUUUGGAUUAGUUUCUCUAAGACGUGCAAAGCCACCUUCUCCGAUGGGGAAGAGCAGGAUAACUGUACAGAAACCUGCACUGCGAGACCAAGAGCAGUGGGGGGGGGGGGGGGGGGAAUCGGGAUCCCAGGCCCCACUAGGAUUGACUGGGAGUGGCAGGAGCUGCCUUCUGGGUGGUACCCAGAGUGCAGAUAGUUGCAUCUGAGAAAGACCUUCCAGAAAGGUUAAAGUAAAAACCAUCACAUUUCUAUGAAAACCAGGCUGCUUCUGUUUCUUUGUUUCAUCUUACCUGUGCCUUGCUUUCUUUUUCCCCCCACCCUGUUCCAAAAGAAAGUCAAAGAAAAUCCUUGGUCUGACAAGAGAGUCUCAUAGAGCAGGUGCCGCACAGCAUCCAUUGGAGGUGCCACCCGUGGGAGGGCCACAUUCUGCUCUCGUGCAUAGCGGGAUUUCAGAUCAGACUAACUCCGGCGUGCUCCUCAGUUCCAUCCAGGCCUUUCUCUCACUUUGGCAAACCAAGGCAGGCUCCGCCUGUCGAUACCACUUAGCCACAUAAGGAAGUGUGGUUUCUGGAGACAAAAAGCGAAGGUUGUGAGCCUAGAGCUCAAAGAUGUCAAGUGGGAAAUUGUUGUUGGGGUUCAGACUCAGGACACAGAAUAUGUGAUUUGGAGGGUUCCUCGCUGAAGUCCUGAUGGCCUAACAUGGCUGUUCCCGUUUCCAGCUCCAGAAGAACAGACGGACAUGCAGGACAGUCCUGCUGGGGUGCUCAAUCCAAAAGCCAGGGCUGCCUGGAAGUCCCAGUGCCAAGAGCAAGUGGCAGAGAGACACAAGCCUGCUUGGUUAGAAAGCGGCGCUCACACCGGCCCUGUUAGACUGAGUUCGUGGGCAACCAGGCAGACUUUGUUAGCUGAGUAGGCUCCUUAGCAAGAAGUCUGUAAUACCUAAACCAUGGAAGGGCCACAUGCUGCCAAAACUGGUGGACACACAUUUAGCAAGCGUACGUCCUGGGGUUGACCCCUAGAAUCAAAAAGAAAGAGCUGCACUCGUGCCCAGAGCUGUGGGGAGCCCGGCUUUGCUGAGAGAACUUGAGCCUACCUCACCGUUGGCCAAAUGUGUUCCUGACAGAGUAAGGAACAGACUGUGGAGGGAGACAGGAACAGCUGGUCUGCAUGACCGGAACAGUCACUGAAGCAGGAAGUUGAAGUGUUGUGACACAGAAGCUCCUCUGCCGCCAGUGCCGGCUGCAGGGUUACUUUCCAUAAAUUCAAAUCCGUUCUUCUCAGCCACCACCCUGCGUCCCGCAGGCCCCAAAAGUUUCCAUAUUUCCACUGAUAAACAGUUACGAUAUCAAAUCUAAUGCAAAGAUAUUUAUCUUCAAAAUUAGGGAGGAAAAGAACAUGGCCUACCCCUAGGCCCUAGUUGAUGGCCUGGGUGGCCCCUGCUGGCUGAGCUGCAGCUCUGUAGCGCAUUCUCCAACCAUUCUCUGAUUCCAAAAGCCCUUCCGAGACUCUCCCUAGUUCCCCAAGGCCCUCCCCCUUCCCAGAAAG